CCGACGAUAAGUAGGAAAAGAUUUUUUUUUUUUUAAUAAAGGUCGUCGGGAAAGAUUCACCCAGCGAUCCUCUUCUCCUCUCCGAAGUCUCCAUCGACGGCGGCUGUGAGCUGUUUCGAUCACUUCCAAGGGUUGGGUGGUGAUGGGGAAGGAUUCGAAACCGAAGGAAUCAAGCAAAGGAAAGGGAAAGCAGGCUGCUUCUGGGGGAGAAGAUAAUGCUUCCAAGGGUAAAGGGAAGGGUGGCAAGUCAGGAGAUGGACUUGGUACCUGCACUUAUGUCAAAGCAAGGCAUAUCUUAUGUGAAAAGCAAGGCAAGAUCAAUGAAGCAUACAAGAAGCUGCAGGAUGGUUGGCUAAACAAUGGAGACAAGGUCCCCCCUGCUGAAUUUGCAAAAGUGGCGGUUGAGUACUCCGAAUGCCCAUCAGGAAAGAAAGGUGGAGAUCUCGGGUGGUUUCCUAGGGGGAAAAUGGCUGGUCCUUUUCAAGAAGUCGCAUUUAACACACCUGUUGGAGCUACCAGUGCACCAUUCAAAUCAACGCAUGGAUACCAUAUCAUCCUGUGCGAGGGAAGGAAAAAUUAAUCAUUAUCUUCAGUCAUGAUCCUCCAAAGUUCUGUUCAGAAAUCACUGUAGCAUUUGCGAAUGGAAAGCAUGUGUUAUUCUCAAAGUGUCGGUGGAAAGAUAAGACAAUGCUUUAAAUAUUAAUGGUGUGUGGCUUUUUGGAGAGAAUUUCUUGUUAAAUUAUCAGAAAUGUGCUUUCCAAUAAACACCAUGUUUGGUUGGUAGCUGAGUAAAACUUGAAAUGUGGGUAAUGAAGAGACACCAUAACAAAUAUUGUGAUGUUUAGUCAGAGAUUUAUAUUUGAAUAAAUGCAUAAUGAUUGUGGUCAUGUUCGAA